GUUUGUGUAAUAUUUAUAUAGGUCUAUCGGCAGGACAAGGAUCUAUUGCGUUCCCACCAUAAAACGCGAGAAACAUUUCAUUAAAAGUCGUGCCGUGAGGCUGUGCAAGGUGAUUUGAUCAUAGUAUUAAUCUGUCAUUGACGUCUAUACAUUCCUCCUAUUAUGUACAGCAUAAGCAAUUGAUUUUUAUAGUGCACACGAAAUAUGGAUGAUUUAAAGAUAUAUUUUGCCACAUACAAUGUGGGAACAAGUUCUCCAGAGCAGAGCUUGCUGGAGAUGCUGUCUCUGUCCAGCAAUCCGAAGAAUGAUAAAGCAACACCAGACUUUUAUGUGAUUGGGCUGCAGGAGGUCAGUGCUCAGCCGGUGAAAUUAAUGAUUGAUGCAUUUAAUGAUGACCCAUGGACAAGGGCUUUGAAGGAGAUCCUUGCACCUAGAAACUACAUCAAGCUGAAGACCAUCAGGCUGCAGGGUUUAGUUUUGAGUGUCUACGCAUUAAGGAAGCAUUUGCUCAAUGUUAGGGAGAUCGAGAGUAAUUACACUAGGACUGGGCUGUCUGGAUUAUGGGGCAAUAAAGGUGCGGUAAGCAUCCGUUUGGGCAUUUACGGAUGCACAAUUUGCUUUGUGAACGCUCACUUGAGCGCUCACGAUCAUCAACUGGAUGAUCGCAUCGAGGAUUACAAUACCAUCGUGAAGGACCAGGAGUUCCACGUGAGUGGCAACAACACCAUAUUCUUUCACGAUUACAUUUUCUGGAUGGGUGACCUAAACUUCCGGUUGCUGGAGAAUUUCGACAGAUCGCCAGAGGAAAUCGAGAGGAUAAUCAAUAAAGGAAACAUAGACGAGUUGUUCAAGCACGAUCAGCUUCGAAGCGUUAUGCAGAAGAAAGUCGCUUUUUCAGAAUUGGACGAAGGCAAUCCCUUAUUUCCGCCCACGUUCAAAUUCGAAGUAGGCGAUUCCAAAUAUGACCACAAGAGAAGACCGGCUUGGACAGAUAGGAUUUUGUACAAGGUUCAUCCGAAUAAUUAUGAUAACAUAACGUUGCACGCCGAACAAAAAUCUUACAUUUCCCAUCCGCAAUACACGUUGAGCGACCAUAAACCCGUCACCUCGGAGUUCGUCAUUAAGACUCCACAAUUGACUAAGCGAUUAGCGACAUUCACAUUAAUAGAUUCUCAGGUGCUUUCGGAAUAUGGAGAAGAGGUGGUGAAGUUUGACAAGAUUUCGAACUGGUGGGACAACGAGGAGAACUGUAUUAGUUUCGAGUUCCUUCAUUAUCAUAAAAUCAAUAGAGACGAUUGGAUCGGCGUUUAUAAGGCCGAUUUUUGCUGCUUGGACGAGUACCAAACUUACGAGUACGUGAUGAAAAAUUCUAGUCCUACGCCCACGCCGAAGAACAAGGUUAGUCCGCAGAUGUCACCUAAUUCCAGCGUCCAGAAUCCCGAAGGUUUUUCGAAGAAGUACAAUAUAACCUUCUCACAACCAAGCAAUAAGCACGAUGGUCUUUACCGGCUGAUCUACGUGAGCGAAACAGAGGAUAAAGUGAGGAGCGUUUUGGGAAUUAGCGAUGCCUUCACGAUUUCCGAUAAGGAUGACUAACGGUGAUUCGCACUUAGCAAUUGCUUUUAAGAUGAGCUUGCACUUGAUAGCUAAUUUAUUGGUUUCUUAAGUUCCAUACGAAGUAAAUAGGUACAGGUGUCAAUAAAAAAACUAAACUAGUUAAAUUCCGGAUCAAAUCUGCUAAAGUUUUAUCAAAUAUAUUUAUUU